AUGUAUAUCCCAUUAGUAAUAUAUGCCCUAGCGGCAAAAAGUUAGAAAAAACCUAUUAAUUCGUAUUUUGUUUUGUACUUUUAUUUUUUAUUUUUUAUUUUGUUUUUCUAGGGUUCGGAAAAUGUCGUCGGUGGAAUUUCUCCGGCAACCGAUGAUUCAGAAUAGAUUCUACAACAAUUCAUAUUCGAAUCUUCUCUAUUUACAUGGGUUGAAUUUCUGUAGGCAGCAGUCUAGAGUUUUUCAGCUGAGCGCGAGCGGUUUUGUCUCUAAUUCUAUCCAUGUUUCGCCGAUAAACUUGACCGUUGGUCGGAGUCACGAAAGAUUCAAACUUUACGGUGGAUUUUGGAGGAGAGGAGGAGUAGGAUUGAAGAAGAGUAGGAUUUUGGCUAAUUGUCAAGAUAGCGACUCAAAUGCGAGCUCGAGCACUAGCGAGAAGAGUGAGAGUGAAGGGCAGGCUGUGAAACAGAACCCCCAAAAUUCUGGGUCUUCGGGUAAUCGGAGGAGAGAGAAGAGCGGAAAACGGGGGUUAUGGUGGUCCAAGGGUAGGAAGUGGCAAUGGCAGCCGAUAGUUCAGGCUCAGGAAAUUGGGGUUUUGGUUUUGCAGUUGGGUAUUGUUAUGUUUGUUAUGAGGUUGCUCAGACCCGGAAUUCCGUUACCUGGUUCGGAGCCAAGAACUCCGACGACGUUUGUGAGCGUACCGUACAGUGAAUUCCUGAGCAAAAUUAAUAGUAAUCGGGUCCAGAAAGUGGAGGUUGAUGGGGUGCACAUAAUGUUCAAGUUGAAGGGUGAGGCCAAUGCCCCAGAGAGUGAAGUUGAAUAUAGUAAGUUGCAAGAAUCAGAGUCCUUGUUGAGAAGCGUGGCACCCACAAAGAGGAUUGUGUAUACUACCACGAGGCCCAGUGAUAUAAAGACUCCAUACGAGAAGAUGCUAGAAAAUGAUGUGGAGUUUGGUUCGCCGGACAAACGAUCUGGUGGAUUCUUCAACUCUGCUCUGAUACCUUUGUUUUAUGUUGCUGUCCUGGCUGGGCUUCUCAACCGUUUCCCUGUAAGCUUUUCUCAGCAUACAGCUGGUCAUAUUAGGAACCGCAAAUCUGGGGGUUCUGGUGGUGCAAAAGUGUCAGAACAAGGUGAAACAAUCACGUUUGCUGAUGUUGCUGGUGUUGAUGAGGCCAAGGAAGAGCUAGAAGAAAUUGUGGAGUUCCUUAGGAAUCCAGACAGGUAUAUUCGACUUGGUGCUCGUCCUCCCCGAGGAGUUCUCCUGGUUGGUCUUCCUGGGACAGGUAAGACUCUUCUAGCGAAAGCUGUUGCCGGUGAGGCUGAAGUGCCAUUCAUAAGUUGUUCUGCUAGUGAGUUUGUAGAAUUGUAUGUUGGCAUGGGUGCUUCCCGUGUUAGAGAUCUAUUUGCACGAGCAAAGAAGGAGGCACCAUCAAUAAUUUUUAUUGAUGAGAUAGAUGCCGUGGCUAAAAGCCGUGAUGGUAAAUUUCGUGUCGUUAGUAAUGAUGAACGGGAGCAGACUUUGAACCAGUUGCUCACUGAAAUGGAUGGGUUUGACAGCAAUUCUGCUGUGAUUGUUCUUGGAGCUACAAAUCGUUCUGAUGUCUUAGAUCCUGCCCUUCGCCGACCAGGAAGAUUUGAUCGCAUUGUCAUGGUGGAGACACCUGAUAGGAUUGGGAGAGAAGCUAUUUUGAAAGUUCAUGUUUCUAAGAAAGAGCUUCCUCUAGGAGAGAAUGUUGACCUUGGUGACAUUGCCUCUAUGACUACUGGCUUUACUGGGGCAGACCUAGCAAAUCUGGUGAACGAAGCUGCUUUGCUUGCUGGAAGAAAGAACAAAGUUUCUGUGGAAAGAAUUGAUUUCAUUCAGGCAGUAGAGAGAUCAAUAGCUGGAAUAGAGAAGAAAACUGCCAAGUUGAAAGGAAGUGAGAAGGCUGUAGUUGCAAGGCAUGAAGCAGGUCAUGCAGUGGUAGGUACAGCUGUUGCAAAACUUCUACCUGGACAGCCACGUGUUGAGAAGUUAAGCAUAUUGCCAAGGUCAGGGGGAGCACUGGGCUUUACUUAUACUCCUACAAAUGAGGAUAGAUAUUUGCUCUUCAUUGAUGAAUUACGUGGCCGUCUUGUUACUCUUCUUGGAGGGCGUGCAGCAGAGGAAGUUGUUUAUUCAGGUCGUGUUUCUACAGGUGCACUAGAUGAUAUAAGGCGAGCAACUGAUAUGGCAUACAAAGCAGUGGCUGAAUAUGGUCUUAAUCAAACAAUAGGCCCUGUGUCUUUGGCUACACUUUCUGGUGGAGGGAUUGAUGAAUCUGGGGGAGCUUCUCCAUGGGGAAGGGAUCAGGGGCACCUUGUUGAUCUUGUUCAAAGAGAGGUGAAAGCAUUAUUGCAAUCUGCCCUAGAUGUAGCACUUUCUGUUGUACGUGCUAAUCCUACUGUUUUGGAGGGGCUUGGUGCCCACCUUGAAGAAAAUGAGAAAGUGGAAGGUGAAGAGCUACAAGAAUGGUUGAAGCUGGUUGUUGCACCAAAGGAACUUUCCAUUUUCCUUAGGGGCAAGCAAGAGUCUCUUCUCCCACUGGAAGUCAGCUCUGGGUGAAAUACGCACAGUAUUGCUUGCUAACAUCAAGCCUGAUGUGGAAUGGGAUUAACGAAAGCUCUUCAUGCUACAUUUUACUAACAUAAAAAAAAAAAAAAACUCCUUGACAGUUGCCUUGGCUCAAUUAUGACUUGUAUGUAUCCUGCAGCAAGGGGGUGUGCUUCUGUUGUUUUAUACGGUCUUGGGGGGUAAUGCACGCGUUGGGAGUGUGCUUCUGUUGUUUUAAUGCUUGAACAGGGAAGGGCUCCCAUCUUUGGUUUGGGCAUGCUGAUCUACAAGGGCAGAUUCGGCUUCAUGGCCUCAUUUCCUUCCAUGCCUUGGCAAGAUUUUCCAAAGUGAAUAAAUAACCAAUUGUGAAUGCAAGAUGUGUCAAAUAGGUCUAAAAUUAAUGAAUGUCCAUGUACUUU